AUGACAGCCACAAGGAUUCUUAGGGUAUCGACUCUAAAAUAUAAGCAUCAGCUGAAGGGUCAAUUGCCUUCUCACUCCCUUUACAAGGUGCGAUGUUACUCGACAUCACCACCUCAAGAUCAACAUGAGUCGGCUCUACAUCAGUCAUUUGCACAAGGCGCCAAUGAUGAAGUCGCGCGUCUUGCGGCUAGCCGUCGAUGUCCACUGACGCUUGCAGAUCUACUCAAGCACGGACGCCCACCUUUGUCAAAAGAGGCGCUGCUCGCCUCUGCGAAUUUCACACUAUCCCUUCUACCUGCCCGACUGGCAUCUCGUAUACAAGCGUUACGAAACCUCCCUUUCAUCGUCGUUUCGAACCCACACAUCUCGAAGAUCUAUAACAAUUACGUUCACUCCUUAUCGACUCUUCUGCCCUAUCAGCAACGGCAGGUCACAACGCUGGAAGAGGAGAAUAAGUUCGCAGAUGUGCUGGCGGACCUAGUGCAUACGCAUGCAAAUACAAUACCCAUACUGGCACGGGGAUUUCUUGAAUGCCGGAAAUAUAUCAGUUCAACCGAUGUGACUCGUUUUCUAGACACCCAUCUACGAGCGAGGAUUGGCACCCGGCUUAUAGCAGAGCAACAUCUGGCCCUUCACUUUGCCUCACAGCCAGUUAGUGGUAUCAGUUCCAGAACAGAGCAGUCGUCUGAGAACAACGUCCCGUCGAAUUAUAUAGGUGUGAUUGACACGGCCCUACAGCCGGCUCGCAUCGUGAAGGUAUGCGAAGAUUUUGUUGGGGAGAUCUGUGAGCUGAAAUAUGGCGUGCGGCCGCGCCUAAGGAUCGGGGGUCAACCGGACGCCACGUUUGCGCACGUACCCGUGCAUGUCGAGUACAUCAUCACCGAGCUUCUGAAGAAUGCAUUUCGCGCGGUUAUUGAGUCAGGCAACGAACGUGAGCCCAUUGAAGUUACGAUUGCUGCAGCACCAGACGUUCCGGUCCAUCGGACCCACGGUGCGCUUGGGAGAAUGUCAAAUGCCCCGGGUAUCUACCCUGAUGCCGAUGUUGGCUUCAAGAUGGACACCGUGGUUGGUACGGCAGAUGCCAACGAGUCAAUUAAAUUUUCAACACCAUCAUCGCAGAGCAUAACCAUUAGAAUACGAGACAGGGGUGGUGGUAUCCCCCGCGAGGUAUUGCCCAACAUCUGGUCCUAUAGUUUCACUACGUUCUCCGAUUCAAACCUGCUGGACUCGGAUAACGGAAAUCUCGAUGCGCUGAACACAAUGUCUGCUAGUGGAGGCCAGCUGAGCAGUAUUGCGGGACUUGGAUAUGGAUUGCCGCUUAGCAGAGCGUACGCGGAAUACUUUGGUGGCAGUAUCGCUAUUCAGAGCCUGUGGGGCUGGGGGACAGAUGUUUAUCUUACUCUUCAAGGAGUUGGCAAGAUUGAGUAG